AUCAUUUUUACACCGCACCCUACUAUUUUAACAUAUUUUAAUGAUUAUUUUUGGUUUACCAAUAAAGAGUACUUAUAUGUAGUUGAUAAGAUAACGUAACACCAUUGGAUUGGUAUGAUUAAAUUCAGCGCGAAGGUUAUCCGCGAUUGUCCACGUCAAGCCGUUCAGUGUAUAGUUACGAUACUUCAGGUAACACUUGUGUGGACAGGUGAUGAUGAAAUCAUAAUCAGUUCCGAAAAUUAUUGUGUUAGCUUUGUGUUUUGUUUACUAAACCCAAAUGUACCGGAGUUCGUUUAGCAGGAAUGACUUUUAUCAGCAACAAAAUAGUGUUCAAUGUCCUACUUCUGUGUGUACCAGCUCUGUUUCUGACCUACUAUCUGAGGGCCACUCUAUACUUGUACCCUGAAAGCCGAAAAUAUGACGCAGAACUUCUAACUACCACAGAGAAACAGCAACCAACCAACCCAGCCAACCAAUCAACAACGCAAGACUCACAACUUAAAUACAUACUGCUGUGGACAGAUCCCAAAACAGUGCCUUUCGAGUACUUGGGGGAGGGUCAGCAAGGGUUUAUCGACAGGAAAUGCCCGUUCACCAACUGCUUCGUGACAGGGGACCGGAACUACUUCCCGAACUACACGCAGUUUGACGUGGUCGCCUUCGCCGGACCACAACUCAACUACCAAGCCAACAGACCACUGCCCACCUUCAGGCGACCCGAGCAGAUCUACGCGUUCGUAAGCCUGGAGUCAUCGCACUACUACCCGCUGUGCGAUGGCAAAUACAACAAUUACUUCAACAUGACAUGGACGUACAAGCUAGACUCAGACUUGAAUUGGUACAUAGUGGUUAGAGAUACUCAAAAUAACAUAAUUGGUCCAAAUGUGGCGAUGCACUGGAUGGAGCUGAAGGACAUGACUUCGAUCAGUGAGGAGUUGAAGACGAAGCUGCAGAGGAAGAGCAAGGCGGCGGCCUGGUUCGUCUCCAACUGCAACUCCAGAAGCAACAGAGGGGAGUAUGUCAGGCAGCUACAAUCUGAACUGGAGAAGUACAGUUUGAGUGUGGACGUGUACGGCCGCUGUGGCCCGCUGAAGUGCUCGACGCGUGAAGAGGAGAAGUGCAAGAAGAUGGUCGAUGAUGAUUAUUACUUUUACUUGUCGUUCGAGAACUCCUUCGAUGAGGACUACGUGACGGAGAAGCUGCUGACUGCUCUCAACUACAACGCGGUGCCGAUCGUGUACGGAGCUGCCAACUACACAAGGUUCCUGCCAAACGGCACAUACCUGAACGCCAUGGACCUAAAGCCAGCUGACAUAGCAGCCGAAAUGAACCGCCUCAUCCACAACCUGACUGACUACUUCGACUACUUCCGAUGGCACAACCACUACUCCGUCUCUAGCAGAGGUAGUCACGCUGACUCUGAUCCUUACUGCGGUCUGUGCACGCUGCUCAAUGAUGAGAAGUUUGUGACAAGACGUCACACGAUAGAAGAUUUUACGCGCUGGUGGAACGGCCCAAGUCGGUGUCAUAGUUAAAAGACUGUUUUUACUACC